AUGGCGUGGUAUUUCUGCAGAACCAGAUCUGGACGAGGUGAUAGUAAGUUCCGACUCAGCACCAAUCAGACGUCGCUCCAAGCAACAGUACGUUGUCGCGGUGCUCCAUCGGUGAGCGCAAGGAUCCUGAAAAGGCUCGCUUGCGUACCUGCUUCAUGUUGGCCAUCUGUUUCUGCCUCCGCAGUCGAGUCGGAAAAUUACGUUGGCUACUUACUCACAACUACAUUGUACAGUACAGUGCUGGUUCAAAGGGUUCGUGAUUGCACUAUUAAUAUAUUGCGAGGCGAGAAUUCUGAUUCUUGA